AUUUUCUGUGUAUAUAUUCAACCACCAGCCACCAGCCACCAGCCACCAACCUACUUCUCUCUGUAGCCCUUCCAAGGCUUCUGCGCCACCUGACUCUUUUUCUCUUCUUUUCUUUAUUUCUUGUCUCCAUUGAACUUCUUUUAACUCUUCGUUUAUUCUUUCUCCUUAUCUUUGCUUUCUUUGUUUCCUGUUUUACUUUCUUGUUUUUCCAUUCCUACAAUGGAGACCAAACUUCUUCGAGCUUCCUCUUCUUCUUCUUCUUCUGUGAUUCCUUCUCUUAAUGUCCCCAAACACUCCCAACCCACCUGCCUUUUUUCCCUCAAAACGAGAAAAGUUUCUGCUUCGGUUGCUUGUUCCAGUUUGCAGAAGAAACGUAUUCCUCCUCUCAGGGCUUCCGCCAGCUUAAGUGGGUCAUCAGGGAGAAAGAAAAGGGUUGAUGAGAGUGACUAUUUGACCCUAGAUGGCAUAAGAAGUUUUCUAAUUCGACAGGAGGAUAGCAUAAUUUUUAGUCUUUUAGAGAGAGCUCAAUAUUGUUAUAAUGCAGACACAUAUGAUCCUAAUCUUUUCAACAUGGAUGGUUUCACAGGCUCUUUGGUGCAGUAUCUUCUUAUAGAAACUGAAAAGCUUCAUGCCAAGUUGGGCAGAUACCAAAGCCCAGAUGAACAUCCUUUCUUUCCAGACGAACUGCCUGCCCCGGUUUUGCCGCCUUUGCAAUACCCUAAGGUACUACAUCCCAUAGCUGAUUCAAUCAAUUUAAAUGGGCAAGUGUGGGACAUGUACUUUGUAAAUAUUGUCCCUAGGUUAGUGCAAGAAGGAGAUGAUGGCAAUUGUGGGUCAACUGCUGUUUGUGAUACAAUGUGCUUGCAGGCAUUGUCAAAGAGAAUUCAUUAUGGUAAAUUUGUCGCCGAGGCCAAAUUUUCAGCGGAUCCAGAAGCUUACAGAGCUGCCAUAAGAGCACAGGACCGAGAUAAACUGAUGAGUAUGCUGACAUACCCAAAAGUUGAAGAGGCAAUCAAACGGAGAGUGGAAAUGAAAGCCAGAGCUUAUGCACAAGAAGUCACCAGAGAUGAUGAAGCAGAUGGAGUAGAGCCGGUGUUUAGAAUAACGCCAAGCUUGGUUGCGAAUCUCUACGGUAAUUGGAUCAUGCCCUUAACAAAGGAAGUCCAAGUAGAGUACUUACUAAGAAGGUUGGGCUAAAUAGCCAUGGAGUCUUCAACUUUUCUAAGAUACAGGUAACAGAAUCUGCAAAUGCUUUUUGGUGUGACGGUUUUACUGAUUCCUGCACUGUGUAAAUUGAAUAUGCAUUUAACAGGAAGCUGAGAGGCACUUUACAAUGUAGAAUACUACAUUCUUUGAUAAAUCUUCCCAUAGAUGAUGUUGAUUUUAUGAAAUAAGUGCUUUACUUUUUCUGU